UCUCUCUCUCUCUCUCUCUCUCUUUCUCUACUCAAAACCUUUCAAAAGCAAAAACAGAUCCAAUCAAAAUUACAAUAACCUCAGAAUUCUUCUCCGAUCCUUCUAUCGCCGUCGUUUCCAAGAAAAGAGAGGGUUUUCACUUUUUUUUUUUUCACUCAAAUGGCGACGAACAUUGGAAUGAUGGAUAGUGCUUACUUCGUCGGACGAAACGAGAUUCUCACUUGGAUUAAUGAUCGUCUUCAGCUCAAUCUCUCUCGCGUCGAAGAGGCUGCAUCUGGUGCUGUGCAAUGUCAGAUGCUUGAUAUGACCUUUCCAGGAGUUGUGCCAAUGCACAAGGUUAACUUUGAUGCAAAGAAUGAGUAUGACAUGAUACAAAACUACAAGGUCCUGCAAGAUGUGUUCAACAAGCUGAAAAUUACAAAGCCAUUGGAAAUUAACAGGCUUGUCAAAGGCCGACCAUUGGAUAACUUGGAGUUUCUGCAAUGGCUGAAGCGUUUCUGUGAUUCCAUUAAUGGUGGCAUUAUGAAUGAGAACUAUAAUCCAGUGGAACGAAGAUCAAGAGGUGGUAAAGAGAGGAGUGUGAAGGGUUCUAACAAGAUUCCAAAGUCACUGCAAACUAACAAUAAUCAUCCUCCAUCUAAUUCCAGUUCAGUUGGUCUUACCAAAGCCUCAGGUCCCAAGCCAGCAAAAGCAGCUGAAGUGCAGGCUUUGUCAAAGGAGCUUGCCGAUCUCAAAAUCUCUACUGAUCUCUUGGAAAAAGAAAGAGACUUUUACUUUUCAAAGCUCCGGGAUGUAGAGAUACUCUGCCAAACUCCUGAACUAGAUGAUCUUCCGAUAGUGGUAGCAGUGAAGAAGAUACUGUAUGCAACCGAUGCAACUGAAUCUGUACUAGAAGACGCUCAAGAGUACUUGAACCAAUCCCUAGGAGUUGAAGCUGAAGUUGAAGGAAAUGGAGAACAAGAAGAAAAAGUAGGAGAAGAAGAAGAAGAAGAAGAAGAGGAAGAAGCAAAUACUCAAGCCUAAGCUCUGACUAUUAACAAUCCUAAGUAGAAGAAAUUUCUGGAUCAAAUUUUUCCAGAGUGACGAACAGUGGCUGGCCAUAGCCUUCUCUUCAAAGUUUCCUUUGUUAAAAGACUUAAAAGAUAACCUACUGAAACGUGAAGAUGAAUGAGCUUCUAUUAUUAGAAAGCUUAGUUUGAGUACAUUGAGAGUUGGUGUUACUAUUCAAGAGGCUUUUUCUUGUUAUAAAACAAUUACAUUGACCCAAA